AAAUAAGUAAAAAAAGCGAAACUUUGCGUUUACAUGUUUGUAAAUAAUUUAGAAAGUGUAGAUUGGGUGAGUUUUACGAAAAUAUUACUCAACUAAGAUAAAGUUUUCUCAAAUGUAAGAAAAUUGCUUCACAGUAUUAAUCUGUAAUAAUAACGAGAUCACUCAUAGUCUUUGAUGAUGAAUCUGUGUAUAUUCAAGAUGACUUUUGCUGUCAGUAGUCAUAGCGUCUUUUAAAAUUUUUUUUCUUUCUAUGCAUUGUUUCUAAAUUUCAAUUGUAGUAAAAAAGGGAAUCAGCUAUGUCCUUUAAAGGGGCUGAUUGGAAGGUUCAGGUAACAUGUUUGAAAAUUCUAUAGAAAUGGUUGAGGAAUAAAACUGAAAGGAUGAUUUUCUAUCAUUAAUGUGACUGAAUAGAAGUUAUCUGCUUAAAUUUCAAUUUUUUCUUGAAAUACUGAGAGAAAUGCUAGUGAAAAAACUCUGUUCCUGAUUUUUAUUGUAUAAAGAAAAGUAUCCGAGAAAAAACAACAGAAAAAUGGAUUUGGAUUUCCUUUCUAGUAUGGUAGAUGAGGUGUCAUUAGAAGGAUUAGAUGGAAUAACCUUGACAAUGUUGUGGAAACGUCUAGAAGACCGUCCUCAUUUUCCUAUUGCUUUAGAUGAAGACUCUAAAGCUUUUCUCUGGGAAUGUAUUGCAGUUCAUAAAGAAAUUGAAUUUUAUGAGCUACCUGAACCCAGAGAAUUUGUACCACCAUAUAAUCGCUAUGCAAAUAUUGAUGAGGAGCUGGGUAUAGUUAUUGAACCUGUUGAAAAACUUAAGGAUUCAUACUUUCCUAUUGUUCCUAUUAAAGAUGGUGAAAUUAGAGGAUCCUGUGCAACUUAUAAAACCAGAAAAUGCAUCACAUCAGCUGUUAGAAAUGAUGAGCAUUUAUUGUUAUCAUUUACUCAAGUUUAUGAAAAGUGGGGAGAAAAUUUUGUGCUGGUUUCAUCACCUAAAGCAAGACUGCUUGCCUUAAUUGGUACAGAAUCUAAUCCUCUUUUGGAUUUUACACUUGAAGCUUAUUGCUUACUUGAAAGAAUUGGUCGCUCUCGCUAUUUAGGUGAAGUAACUCAAGGUGAUGAUGGUCUUCUGUCUUUGAAGACUUCAUUCUGUAAGCAACUGCAUUACUAUAGGAAGAAGCUUUCUAAUAAGGGCCUUAUAACAAAACAAAUUCAUUACUUGAAAAAUAAAAGAGGAACAACAUCAAAUGGCUGUCUUCUACACCUCACUCGUUUUUAUGUAGAGCGCAAAACAAAAAUGGAGUGCUUCAUGAAAGCUUUAUGUGAUUUAUUAAAAGAGAAGCCCAAGAAUCGUGAGACAUGCACAGUGGCUCGGCAAGAGUUAGGUAUAAGGAAAAAUACAUUUAAAAAGUUGUUUUAUCGCCCUGUACAAAAAUGGAUACAAAUUACUGACUUGCCCCAUUCUGAGUUUUACCCAGAUGCACCUUAUAAAGAAAAUUAUACAACAAAUGGUACUCCAAGAACUGUUAAAGUUGUUCAACUUAUUAAACAUUAUGAUGAAGAAGAAAAAGAUGAUGAUAAUGAAGAGCAGGAAAACAGGAAAGAUGCAGCUCUACCACUUAACAUAUAUUUUGAUUACUCGAAAGUUUAUCAUGGUUAUCCCUUUAUACAGCAAAUAUAUGACCUCAUUAAAAAAGCUGGUCCUGAUGGUAUUAGUUCAGCUGAUCUGGGGAGGAUAAUGACUCUUCCUCGUUUGGAUAUCCGUAAUUUAUUGCGAGUUUUAAUGAAAAAGAAUAAUGUAAUCAGCAUGCUGGUAGAUAGAGGGCGACAGAAAGUCACUCAAUACAUAGCUAAAAUAUAUGAAAAAGAAAACGAACUUUAUAAUAUUGUGAAAGAACAUGAAAAGUCUAAUAAUGAGACUCACUCAAACGAAAAAACUUCUUCAACUAAACGAAAAGAUACCGAGGAAGUUGCUAGUCCACCACCUAAGAAGAAAGUUAGGUUUGAUGAUGAGAUCCAAGAUGAGGCUUCCAAAAAAGAAAAGGAUGAUUCAUCUCAAGCGACUGAUUUUCAGAAUAUUGUUUCACAAGUUCUUGAACUUCACAAUUCUGAGCUUUUUAGUGGUAGAUCACCAAAAGUUAUAAGCAUCUUAGAAAAGCCACCAGUUCCUUGCCCUAGUUCUAGUGCAACUCAGUUGACUUAUAAAAAAUUGAAACGCAGCAAUACCAUCCUUGAUUAUUUGAAAGAAGUGAAGUUCUCAACUGUGGGUGAGUUGCAAAAAGAACUGAGAAGACGAGAAAAGGAUAGUGAACAUCAGUUAUGUAAACGCUCUACCGCAAGACUUGUUCAUGGCUUGGCUAAUUCAAAGAAGGUAAAAAUAUUUAAAGUUGUUUUAAAAUUGGAAGACAAGCGAACUAAUCUUGAGUUCAUAUGUGAUAAUUCAGUGGAACCCACUGAUCAAUGUAUUCAGGUUGCUAUUGAACAGGCAAAAUUUAAAUACUUCUGCGUAAAUAAGGAUAAGGAGAAAAGUAAAGAAAAAAGUCAGUUUGAAGCAUCUGCAAAAUCUGGAAAGGAAAACAUUCCUGAGAAAGAAAAAUUUCAUACUAAACCAGGGCCUAAUCAAACUUUCUCAACCGUAAAUCAUCCAAAAUUUGUUAGAGCUAGAAUUUUACAUGAGUUUUUAUAUUACCUCGUUUAUGAUCACAAAGGACCUAUUUUAAAAAACGAUGAACAGUGUGUAUAUCAUGACAGCUUGACUUUUAAGAGAUUUCUACCACCUUUGCCUGACCUUACAGAUGAGAAAAAACAAGGUUGGUGUUUUCUUGCUGAUAUAUAUUUGAGAAUUCCUUUAUCUGUAUUUAUGAAAGUUGUUACAAUAGGUUAUCCUAUUCCUAACAUUAAAGAAUACUUAGAAGACGAGGAAAAACAGCACUAUCUCAUCAAGUAUUUACCUCAAGAUUUGCGUAAUUCUUUGCUCAACAAUAGAAGAUUUUUGUUUUCAACACAUGAUGUUAUAAAAAAUUUGUGUUAUAUGGGCUUAGUUUCAAUGGGCCCUCAAAUAGGAAAACAAAAAGAUCAAGCAUUUUUAUACGUGCAUAAAAAUGCUUCACUUAAAGAUACAACUGUAUCUAGCCCUGGCUACCUUUACAUUCAAACAAAUUUAGAAUAUGAAACCAAGCAAUAUACAUUCAAAUCCUUAACAGAUGUUGAAAACUUUUGGCUAGAUUUAGAAAGUAUUUGCUUUCGCACACAGUUAGGAAGAUACAAUUCUGCAACUGGAAAAACCUUUUCUCUCACUGAAGCGGCUUACAAACCUGAAUUGAAGAAAUGCGUAGAUAGUAAGAAGUUUGAAGAUAUUGUGGAUUCUGGGCAGAUUCCAGGAGAUGGUCUUGGAGCCGGUGGUUAUGAUUCUGCAUUAUUUAUGCAUAUAAAACGCAAUUGGGUAUCUUCUACUAUGAAAAAGUCUUUGGAAAUUAAAUCCAAAAGUGAUUCUCAAGAAAUUCCACGGAAAUACACAUUGCAGCACUUACUAAAAACUAAAAAUGCUCCAAAACCUGAGAACAGAUCAAGACUACAGAGAUUAACAAAACCAACCCUUUCUAUUAAAAAAGAAAAGCAAAUUCAAAACAAAUCCCCUCAGCGAAAGCCUGCAGCGGUUCCCUAUGUAUCGAAAAGGCAAAGAACAAUAAUUAGAACAAUCAAUAAAAGAACUACUCGAAAGCGUUUACCUUACUAUGAUGAAGUUGAUAAAGAAGCUAUGAAAAAAAUGAAGAAAUCCCGUUGUGAGUGGUGUGCUCAAGAAGAUAGCUUCUUACUUUUAUGCAAAGUUGCCUCAUUAUUCUUGGACCCUUUGUACAGCAAAAAUCUUGUUGUUCCUUAUACUGUAGUGAGAGAUUUGUUGUAUGAACACUUACCUGAAAUAUCAGAAGCUAAGAGUUCUCGUGCUUGUCAAAGACGAGUGAGAUACAUGAUGUUGAAUCCAGCUACUGUUAGUAACGUCGCAGUUUAUCUUGGUGAGGCUAAUCAAGAUGAAGAGUUGGUUAGAGAGUUUAAUGUGGUUAAACCUCCAAAAACAAACGUAGAAGUAUGGAAAGAAAUGUAUACACGAUUGUUAAAUAAAUUAUUAACAAAAUUCACUUUGCCCCCUGCUGACCGAUGUAAGAAUAUAACUCUCCCAAAUAGUUUAGAAGAGUUAAAUGAAAGAUAUAAAAUAACUUACUCUAGAGAUAUUCUACACCAAGAACAAAUACAUCGUGAUCCCAAAACUAUAUCUGACAUAAAAACGUUUGUUUUAAGUUCUCUUGUUCUUUCAGUUAUGUCUAUUUCAAAAAAUAAUUCUCUCUGGAAAUACAUGUUGCUUCAGCUUUAUAAAUCUUACCCAUCAAGUUUUUUGCAAUCAGUUAUUGCAAACCUCAGACGCAACAAAAUUAUUGCCAUUAAAAAAACACACCAUACUGUUGAUGCACAACGUAUUAACUCUCAUACUCCAUACAAAUUUUCUGUAAUAUAUGAAAAUGCUUUAUUGACGAAAUUUCCUAUUAAAAUGUUUCAAGAAGCACAUAAUCUGUUGGAGAAUUUUUCUAAGAUUAAUCCAGAAACUGGAGUGGAGUUGAAAGGUGAUGUGCCACCUGGCUAUGCAUCAGCUGUUCUUUCUCUUGCUGCACUACAACAGUUAUCGAUUCAUACCGAAAUACCUGAGCAUAUAAUUUUGUUUGACACAUCUUUAAGCCAGGAGGCACGGUCCAGUAUUGUGGAACGCAUUAUUCAUACUUUGAGUGACAAAGAGUCAGUUGAAUUAUCUAAAAUCUUAAACAAUGAGUCGACAUCUUUUUCAAAAAACGUGAAAUCAGAAUCCCAUAUUGAAGAAGUGAAAUGUUCACCUGAAGAUCAGGCUUCUGAUGAAGAUUCUAAUGUCGGUCAAUCAGUCCCCCGAACUUCAAAUGCUUCUAGAUAUGCUUUAUAUCUCUUAAGGCAAGAAAAGGCACAACCGCCAAUUGAACGAACUCAACAUUCUCAAGACUACAUUGUUUUAAACUCUUGUAGAUUGUUUUGCCAAAUGAGAGUAGAUAGCAAUGUUGUUUUGUCUUUAAAUCCACCAGAAGUUCUUGAACAGACCCCACAUGAUUCCACAAAAACUAUUCAGUCUCAUAUACUGUCUUAUGAUAAAACUCAUCUAACAGAGGAUCAGACUAAAGAGAUUUUGGAACUACUUACAUUUUACAUACCACCUUCUGCUUUAGCUAUUAAUGAAGAAACUUGUUAUGACUCUUUGAAUAUUUUGUACAAAGAUUACUCACAGCAAACCUUACAAGAUGCUAAAACUAUUUUCCAUUCCAUUAAUCAAGCUGGUGUAAAAGGAGUGGUUGAAAGAUCUAUCUGGGAAGAAUUCGGUGAGCUUCAAGGUGAUAUAUCAUGGAGGGAUCAUCUUAAAUUACUUCGCAAAGCAUUUCUUGUCAUUCGUACAGGCAUCAUGGCAUUUACGUAUGUGUCUAUUUUCCAUGCUGAAAUAUGGCUUUUAGAAUCUUGUUUAUGGUCAGAACAAUUUGAACGAAACCGAUGUGAUGUUUGUGCUGUUGAUUAUAAAAAUGUUACUUCAGAUCAGGAUCAACUUUGUAAUCACGAACAAUCAGCUACUUACUUUGAUUCCUGUGAGAAAGUUUAUUUUACUCCUAGAAGUUGGAGAAAUCCUGAUGGGACUUUAAACAAAACUGUGUUUUUUGAAUUACUCAAUACUGUGUUAAGUCAUAUCAUCAGUACUCCUUCUGUAUCCGUGAAAGAUGUUUGUGAAAGAUUUGUCCUGACAAUGCAACCAGUGCAAGUUUUGGAAUUGAUAGAAAUAUUAGAAAAAGCUAAAUGUAUUUACAGAUAUUAUUAUAAACCUGCAAAGAAAAGUUCUUUGUUUUCCAAACCUCAAGUUGCUUAUGUAACAGAAAAUCCUGGUCCUGACUGUAUUGAUCACCUUGAAAAUUUUCCAGAUGCUAUUUGUAAAAUUUCUAAACUGUUUGAUUCUUUAUAGAGAUCCUUAUCAUUUUUAUUUGUUAUUAUGCUUAUGGCAGUUAUAUUUGGAAAAUAUUGUAUUUGAAUAUUUCAUACUUUGUAAUUGUUAGAUUCAUUAAAUAUUUUGUAAUUAUUAA